UCCGACAGAUCACCUUCCAAGAGUAACGAUGGAAACGCGGUGGAUUUGCUAGAUGGUAGCUUAGAUGGGAUUCCAACUAGCAACCAGACUAACCACCAUCUUUCAAAGGAGCACUCUGAGCUAUGUCCCUCUGUAACAGGUUCCCAAAGUACGUUGAAUGCUGAUUGUUUGCAUCAUCCACAGCAACCUUUCUCAGACGGAAAGGACGUACGUCACGAGUCACUCGCCGACUCUAAUCCCGUCUCCCUGAGCGAGUGCCGUACCUCUUCGCCUGGCCCUGGUUCCAACAGUAGCACCAGUCGCUCAGCACCAGACUCGGUGUACAGAGAACGUGACCCGACAAGGACUUCUGUUUCUGCAGGAGACUUGCAGGACGUUGAUCGGAAUAGCGAGCGAUGCAUCAGUCCGGUGUCUGCACCGGGUUCUCCCGUGUCUGCACCGGGUUCUCCCGUGUCUGCACCGGGUUCUCCCGUGUCUGCACCGGGUUCUCCCGUGUCUGCACCGGGUUCUCCCGCGCCUGCCGCUUGCAGGCCUCACAUGCCCAGAAAACGACUCCGCAAAUCCGUCAGGGCUUCCACGAGUCAGGAGCGCCAAGGUGGGAGUGACACCAGGCUGGCGAUGGAGGGAGGGAGCAUGAGAAGCCCUGCAAGGAUGAAGGACUCCUCUGAUCGGCACGCUGCAGCAGCGGACUGGAGUAAAAGCUUUGCCCAGGAAGUGGACAUUGGACGAUGUACUAUGCUGGGGGACAGAGAGAGCGUGAGCUCUGGUAGCUUCUCUGAUGCUGUCGGAGGAAAGGAUGCGGUAAGAAGUCCUGUUGGUGAGUAUUCUUCUGACGAACAGGAAAUUGAUGAAGCGUUUGACCACAGCAAGGCUGCCCCGUUCAAUCUCUGCUCUGAUGAAAGUGAAGGGAUCCGCUGGAGUUGGGCCUCAUGUUCCGGCCUGCACAAGGGAACCGAUGCUGCGGAAAGGGACCCGUUCUUAGAGCGUAGAGGUGGACUAAAACGUGAACCUCGAACUUGUGUGGAAGACGAGGGCAAUGAAGGCUCAGCCGUCAGGCCGUCCAUCAUCAGUGUGUUGGAUUACAGAGGAAACCGGAGGACCUAUGAAAACUACCCCAUCACCAAGAUGGUGUCGAGCAAUCCCACCGCGCCUGCCCCGGACAGCCGAAAGAGGAGAUGUCACCUGCAGAGCGUCCUGCAGGAAUGGAAGAGGCAGCACCAGGCACAGGCCGACCUCACCCAGUCCUCCCUGGACAUGCAGUACCUCAUCUUCUCUGAGAAGAUGAACCAGAUUCUCAAAAAGAACCAGCCGAACGCCCGAUCCAGCGAUUCCACCCGCUACCCCUGGCGGAAGCGCUCCUCGUCGGAUGUGGACUGCUCCCCCUGCGGUGGACCUGUGACACUGCAGGUGUCCCAGGACCACAUCUCUGUGAAACCAAUCAGUCAUUGGCGAAUGAAGAGGGAAAAGCAUGAACGUGUGGGGCCACGAGAUGCUGAAUUCGGCGCUGGCUACUACCCGUUAGACUGUGCGACACCCCAGCGUCUCAGGAGACUGUCUCGGUCCGCUGGCUUUGCGGAGCCGAGCUCUGUGGUCUCAAACAUUGCUGGCGAGUGCUCCAGGUCAUACCGGGCCAUGAUGAACAACGUCUGCUCCGGGAGGAAAGCCCGACACCAACCCGACAGGCCCCAGAGUAGAAGGGCCGUGACGUCACACACAGACAGCUCCCGUAAACACAUGAAGGCAGACCGUGGCAGCGGUCAAUGUAGUGACGUCAAAGCUGCCGUCAGGCUGUCCUGGAAAGGCAAGUUCAGGUUCCACAUCUUGGUGACGUCCUCCGAUGCCUUCUUUGUACAGACAAAGGCUCUGUUAGAGGCAGAGGGUCAUGUGAGUGUGGAGCCCGACCAGUUUGACCUCAAGGGGCAAAAUUCCGCCUCUCCUCUUCUCAUCAUCCUCCGAAAUGAGGACAUCGCUGACUACAUCAGCACGAUUCCACGCUUGGUGGAGCUGAAGAAGACCCCAGGCGUCAGGUUUGCGGGGGUGGACCAGCCUGACGAUGUCCUCAACCACACCCACCAGGAGCUGUUCAGAGAGGGGGGGUUCACCGUCUGUGACGCUGAUGCGCUUGGCUCCUUCACAUAUGAUUAUGUGAAGAGGCUGGUGGGGUUCCUGGAGGUGCUGAGAGACAGGAGCAGAUGGAAAUGGUUCCUGCACUACAGAGACAGCCGUGAGCUGAGGGAGAGCGCCAGGGAGAUUGAGGUCACGGUCAUCCCCACCUGA